AUGAUUCGGUUCCGCGCACGCACCCCUGACGGCCGCCAAGCCGUGGUACAGAUCGAUGACAAUGCAACUAUCCGCCAACUACGUGAGACCAUCUGUGAGAAGGUGGAUAUCAAGCAGUUCGAACUGAAAGCCGGCUUUCCUCCAAAGGUCAUCAAGCUCGAAGACUAUUCCGACGACACCACCAUCAGCGCCUCAGGCCUGCAGCUCAACAACGAGUCUAUACAGGUCAUUCCUCCCGCAACCCCAGCACCGGCCGCACCGCCAUCACAACCUCUUCAAUCCGGCCCUAAUCCCACCAAAGCACCCGCUGGGCCCUCCAAAAUCUCCGAUCCCCGCCAAGAGACGCCCGAGAUCCCCAUCCCAAGCGAAUCCUCGACGCUCGUGCUUCGCGUCAUGCCAGACGACAACUCCUGUCUCUUCCGCGCCAUCACCACCGCCGUAUCUGGCGACCAGCACGCUGAUCACGUCACAAAACUACGCUGGCACGUCGCCGACUACAUCCGCAACAACCCGUCCGUCUACUCGGCCGCCAUCCUCGGCAAAGAGCCCGCCGCCUACUGCGCCUGGAUCCAGCAGGAGAACUCCUGGGGCGGCGAUAUCGAACUCGACAUCCUAAGCAGAGUGCUAGGCGUGGAGAUUGAUGCGUGUAUCGUGCAGCCGUUCAGCGUCCAGCGGUACAACGAGGGCGCCUCCGAGAGGAUAGUCUUGAUCUACAGUGGCAUCCAUUACGACACGGUGGCGGUGAGUCCAGACCCGGAGGGCGAUCUGGGCGCCGAGCUUGACAUGCGGCGGUUCGAGGUCGUGAAUUCAGACUGGGUGCUGGAGGGCACGAGGAAGCUGUGUGAGAAGCUGGCGGCGCAGGGGUACAUGACGAACACGAGCACGUUUGGCAUCAUGUGCAAGGUGUGUGGCUGGAAGGGAAAGGGUGAGAGGGAGGCGACGAAGCAUGCAAUGGAGACGGGACAUAUGGAGCUGGAGGAAAUUCGGUGA